CGGUCGUGUUGUGAAUUUCGCGGCUGUGUGGGUGAAAAAUCGAAACAAAUCGUAACAACAAAAGUUUAAUAAUAGCACAACGCAAAGAAGUGAUUGGCCUGCACUUGGUGCACCAAUGUGAUUAUAAAAAUAUCUAAAUCAUAAUUUAAAGGCGAGUGCCAGAGUGAAAGUGUUGGUAAAGCAAACAAAAUAAAAGAAAAGCAAGAAGUCAAAGCAAUUUGUUGUUGCUAGAAUCGGAAUUGUUAUUGUUGCUGCUGCUUCUUUACCUGCCGCACCGCGCACACGGCUUAGGCAAAUGUGCUGCGUUGCACUGUCUGCUCGCACAGUGGUGGCCAACGAAUUGGAAUCGGUACUGGAAUUACACGCGGGCACGCAAAUUUUAUGAAUGCAGCGAAACGGCGCAAGUUGGGGCAUAGGAUUAGCCGCAUAAUAAACACACACACGCGCAAAACGUAAACAUGGCCUUCAGCUAUGCUUGCCUCAUGCUGCAGCGCGCUGUGGUGCCAGCGGUGCUGGUGCUGGCUUCGCUUAUGCGUCCAGUGGGCAUCUCGUUUGUGUACCUGCUCAUGUUCUUCAUGUCGCCGUUUAUACCGCUGGCCACGCGUCGCAACUUCAAGGGCUCCGUGACGGCAUUUUUUAUCAUUCUGCUGGCGCUGAGCACGCUCGUCCUGCUGGGACACAUAGCACUGCAAGUGCUCGCCCUCACCACCACACUGCCCAUUUACAAAUGCUCCUUUGCCGAGCGACUGCUGCGGCACAUUGGCUUCAUCAGCUUUAUUGAUCUAAGGCCAUUAGCCAUCAUUGAAUGGCUGGCACCGGAAGUUCUAGUGCUUGUCACCUCAUUGAGCUCCUAUCUGUCCGUCAAGCGACUGGCCACCCAAACCAUUAACGCCGAGCAGCUGGAGAACGGCGAGUUGCCGGAGACGCAGACGCAGCAAGCGGAGCAAGCGGCAGUCACCGAUGCCAAUGGCAGCCAGGAUGUGCCACAAGCAACGGCCACAACCCCCUUGCAGCAACAACAGCAGCAGCUGCGCAAGCGCGUCUCCAUGAUCAGCCAGCACAUACACUUUGAGGGUCUGAUCAAGAUAUCGCCGCUUUUCUGCCUGGCCACACUGUUCUUUGCCGCCGCACUGCGUCCGUCUGUGCCGGGUGGCUUUUAUUUUCUCAUUUUUCUGCUCGCUGGCACUUACUGGGCAACCUGCCAGACACUACAACGUGGCUUUGCGCUGCUCUUGCGCUGCGUUAUGGUUGUCCUUGUGCUGCACUCGCUCUGCCUGGUCUCGUAUCAGACGCCCUGGAUGCAGAGCCAUCUCAAUCACACCAGCCUGACGGCGCGCUUGAUUGGACUGGAGCCGCUCAUUGAGUCCUAUUGCUCGCCGGAUAUACGUGUGCUCCUUUACAAUAAUACGCUGACGCUGGACUCCUACUUGAAUCCCUUCGCCUUGUUCUUUGCCUACUUUGCCCUCGCGCUGACCACCAAGCACUUAAUCAAGCCGCGGCUGGUGCGCCAGAGCACGCGCAAGACGCGUCAGACGGCAGCGCUGGAGUCCACAGCUGGAGCUGGAGCUGCAGCGGCGAGCGGCUCACGUGGCAAUGACAUACAGCUGGAUACGCUGGAGCAGCGUUCGGAGCAUGAGAACACCACCACUUCCAUAUUGGAUCAAAUUUCCUAUGGCUUUGUCAGCGUGGGUGGCUUUAUCUAUCAGAACAGCUAUAUAUUUACGAAUAUACUGAUGAUGGCCUGGUCCAUUGUCUAUCAUAGCUGGCUAACCUUUGUGCUGCUGCUGUGGGCCAAUGUGCUCUGGAUGAUUCCCAAUCAGCGCAAGGCCAUGAUGCGCUCCAGUCCGUUUAUAGUAAUUUAUGCAGAGCUGCUGCUUGUGGCGCAAUAUAUUUAUGGCAUGGAUUUAAACAACGAUGAGCUGCCCACUAAGGUUUCUACCGCCGGCAUUAAUCUGCAACAAAUUGGCUUUGACCGUCCCAUUGAGAAUCAUAUGCGUCCGUGUGUGCCGCUGCUGGUUAAGACCGCCUUUGUGCUCAUGUUCUGGGUCACCUCGCGUCAGUUCUUCAAGGAGAAACGCGAUCGCCGCAGAGACAGCACCUUGGCGGACAUUAUAGCGCCACUGCAGAUAACUGUGGGCUCGGCUGGCUCAAGCUACCUCAUCAAUGAUGGCAAGAAGACAUCAAAGUUCCUAAAGAAGGCCGGCGAUGUGAUAAAGAAUCUGCUGGUGCGCCUAUGGAUAUGGCUGCUGGUCUUGGUUAUAUUCCUGUGCGCCAUAACGGGCGAGGAUAUGACAGGUUUUCGCAUUUGCUAUAUGGCCUUGUUCCUAUUCUUCUUGCUGGUCUUUCAAUCGUCGUCCAAGGCGUGGGUUAAGAUUAUGUACGGCUUCUGGCUGUUUCUAAUCUUUUACGCCAUGUCCAUAUUGAUAUUGAUCUAUACAUAUCAAUUUGAUAAAUUCGAUAGCUAUUGGAAAAUCUAUCUCAAUGUAUCGGAGACGCUUCAAGCUGACAUUGGACUGAAGCGCUACAAGACUAAGGAUCUGUUUCUGCAUUUGGUUUCGCCCACAAUUAUUGUCAUUUUAACUGUUAUACAAGUGCAUUAUUUCCACAAACGCUUCAUUGCCUCGCUGCAGCAGCAACAGCCAACGACAGCAGCUGUCCAGCCACAACAGAAGCGCACCGAUGCUGCCGCCUUGGAGUUGCCGCCAGCGUCGAGUGGCAAGCGUCGCGGCAGCGCCAGCUCGCUGCGUCGUUCCGUUGGACCCACGGCUGAGGCUACUGGCGCCGCUGCUGCUGCUGGCACCACCAACACCACAGACUUUGAGACCUCAGUGCGUGAUCUGGUGCGCAUAUCAUUUCGCAAAAUCAAAAACAAAUCCGAAUACAUAUUCAAACGUUUCAAAACUGUCUUCUGGCGCUUCCUCGAGCUGCAUAUCAUGAAGGCGGUCUACAUCGCCGCAUUUGUCUGCAGCGUCAGCGAAGUUUGCGUGCUCCACAUUCUCUUUGUGGGCUUCUGUGUGCUUGGCGCCACCUCGCGCAGAGCCGUGCAAGUUGUCAUCAGUCGCCUCAUUUCGUUUAUUGUUACAAUUAUAGUGCUGUCCAAGAUGAUCUAUCAGAUUGAGUACUUGGAUCAUUCGCGCUACAGCGUCAGCUGCUCUGAGAAUCGCACAGCCAACAAUGCCGAGUGGGUGGGUCUGAACAAGGCCGACAAGCUGGCGGGCGGUUUGAUGAGUCUGCUGCGCACCUAUAUCAUCUACAUGGUCAUUGUCACCAUGCAUGCCGUCAUCUCAUUGCGUCAGCUGCAAAUGCGCGUCAAGAUAGGCGAGAAUAUAAACAAUCAGCCCAAGUUGCUCUUCCAGCAUGUGACACGCGCCGAUGCUGAGAAGGAUCUGGUUGGUUUGAUCAAGUAUUUGCUUAACUUUGGCUUCUAUAAGUUUGGCAUUGAGAUAGCGCUGAUAGCCUUAGUCUCCACUAUAACCUAUCGUCAGGAUAUUGUGGCAGUCGUUUAUGCCUUGUGGCUGGUGGUGCUGCUGCUGCUGAAGCGUUCGCAGUGCGCCAAGAUUUGGGGCAUCUUUCAGAGUUUCUUUGCCAUUUCCAUACUGGUGCAGUAUAUAGUGCUGGUGGGUUUGCCUCCCAGCUGGUGUGUGGUUUAUCCUUGGGAUGCGGGCGAAAUGGGUCAGAGCAUACAGCGCUGGACUAUGCUGCCGGGUUCGCUGCAUUACAAUCAUGUGCCCAAGCUAAUCUUUGAUUUCAUUGUGCUCAUCAUACUCAAUCGCCAGAAGAGCAUUUUCUGCAUUGAGGCGCGCUAUGCCACCAACGAUGAUUAUCCUGGUGGCAGCAAUCGCAGCGUUGUCAACGACAUUGCGCAGCUCGGACGCGUUCCCUUCGACAAUCCCACGCAUGAUUUCUGCUCCUACAUACGCAACUAUUCGGAUAUACUUAAGAACGGCGUGCUCUGCGGCUUCUAUUGGUUCACUCUGGCUGUCGUCUUCCUCGCCGGCACUAAUAUCGCCGAUCUGUUAGCUUUGGGUUAUCUGAUAGGCGCCUUUGUGUUUUUGUGGCAGGGCUCGGACUUUUAUCUGCGUCCCAUUAAGCUCAUCAUCAGUCGCUGGAAGUGGCUGCUGGCCUUCAAUGUGGCCAACAUACUCAUCAAGACAAGCUUCCAGAUGGCGGGCUGCCUGUUCAUGACAACACUAACCACACAUUGCUGCUGGCUGGUCCAUAUGCUGGGCAUCACCUGCAGCAGCACUGUGUUCAAAGAGUCGCUGCACAUAACGGAGGAGAUACCAGAGCUGGACGCCACGGGCUGUCCCAAGAUAUCGCAUCACGUAGUGCUGUUGUGGGAUGCCAUUUGCUUUGCCUUCAUCAUCUUUCAGCUGCGCAUCUUUAAGUCGCAUUACUUCUGUCACAUUAUCACAGACACCAAGGCCAACAAUAUUCUUGCCUCCAGAGGCGCCGACAUUAUAGAGAGCUUGCGUCAAAAGCAAAUUGCGCAUCGUCAUGAUCAUGAGAAGCAAGUGCUGCACAAGAUUAAGCGCAAGAUGGAGCGCAUACGUGCCACACAGCAAAAGAUGCUGCGUCCCUUGGAUAAGCAAACGCAUUUCGAUGGACGACGCACGCCACUGGAGCGUAGCCAAAGCGAAAUUGCUCUAGCACCGCUGGCACAUCAGAGCAGCUUCGUCUCCUGUCAGGGCUCUGGCUAUCAGACGCCCGAUGAGCCCAGCACGCACUCGCAGUCGAGCUCGGGCACUUCGACGCCAGCGCAUGCUUCAUUGUUGAGCAACAGCAGCAGCGACAGCAGCGUGGAUAGCGCCGAUGCUGCAGUGAUUAUAGAGCCAGAGAUUAAUAUAAUGUUUAGUGAUGAGCAGCAGGCGGCAACGCCCAGCACCGAGGCGCUGUCUGCUUUGCUUACCGAGGGCUUCUUGGAGCCCAAGCGCAUUUCUUUAGGUCUAGCGCCGUCGGAGCAAAGCGGCUGCAGCAAUAUGCGCGGCUUGAUGCCGCCUUUGGCGGACUAUGCGCAAGCUAUGGCUUCUAGUGCGGGCAACUCAGUGAAUCUUACGCCCAAUCUGCGACGUGGCCAUCGACGACAGUCCUCCACCAAUGCAGCUGUAUCCUGGAACGAAACUGUCUCGAUUAAACGCACGCCACUCAAGCAAUCUAUGUCAGUGCAGCCGACGGAGGAGGAGCAGGUUACCAUGCGUCGCCAGCGCUUGCAUCGGCGUCAUCAAAGCGUAGGCAAUGCCAACUAUUCUUCAGAGGAUUCGCACGAGCAGCGCACGAGCAUCAAUCUGAGCGGCGCUAGGGAUGAGCAAGCGCUACGCUCGGCGCAGCGUCCACAUAGCUGGGGACCUGUCGGUACGGUCUACUAUAUGGAGUCGCUGAUGUGCGCCUUUUAUGAACCCGCUUUGCUGCAUGGACCAUCUACACGUGCUGGCGACUACUAUAUGUUUGAGGAAAUGGAUGACAAGUUCGAGCUGGACUUAAUACACGAUGAAAUAGACUUUCUGGAGGAGGAAAACAUUACAGAGAGUGAGAUGAAGAUGCAGCGUCGCAAAACUUUAUACGAUGUUUGGAAGGAUCUAAAUGAUGCCGAAUAUCGUCGUCACUUUUAUAUGCGUGAGCGUUCCUAUGCCUCAGAGCCAGGCUCACGCUUUGCGCUUAAGCUGGAUGCGGAUAAGGAUGCCAAGGAUGUGGAGCUGCAGCAUGCGCAUGCCAGCAUUGAUGCUGAUCACGACGAUGAUGACGAUACCAUUGAGUGCGACAUUGGUGUGCGCACCUCAACGUACUCCGAGCCGCUUGACUUUGGUCGACGCAGCCAAACGCUGCUCGAUGAGUCCGAUGCUGAGCUCGAUGCAGUUAAAUCAAAGGAUGCGCCUGCAGAUUUCCCCUCGACCAGCAAGGGUGUGUCCAAGGAGCGCGAUGCAGCCAGCAGCAGUCCCAGACCCACAAAGGAUGUAGCAGAUACGCCAGCAAUCGCCUCCAUACUCAGCACAGCGCCCAGAGAAGCAACUUCGAAGGAAACUUCGGAUAGCAAAUCGAAAAUGGAGCCUGACAGCGGCGAUGUCACAGCCAAGGACUCGGAUGAGGACUUUGAUACGAAUCCCAUUAUAAGGCUGCUGGAAGGCUUUCUGGUGACAUUGACCAUACGCCUCAAUCGCUUUUCGCGCAAUUAUCGCUUUGUCAAUCGCAUACUGGCAGGCGAGAAGAAGACUCUAAAGGAGUCUAGCUCGCUGAAUCGCUUGGGCUUGAGCAGCGCGGCGGCCAUGUUUCAUUUUCUGAAAUCGAAUCUCGAGAGUGAUGAAAAUGGCGUUGCGCCCAUUACCUCAUCCACACCGCGCCGCUCACAGGUGGCCACCAACACCACACCAACAGCUAUGCAAACAUCAGCUACAACAACAACUACAGACAAUGAACACUUCAGUACACCACUAAACAACAACACAAAUACCACAACCACACCACUAUCACCAAUAGAACCACCAGCAACCACCAGUACGCCACAACAAUCACACGCUGUCGACGACAUCAUUGAUAUACCCGUAGAUACCGUUGAUGCUGCAAUCUCUAGAAAACAAUCAAUCAGUUCAUCGCCGCCAAUCAAAGGCCGCAAAUCGGAUUGUGGCCUGCCUGAAAUACGCAUUAAAGCGCCAUCUAUUGAGCGCGCGGGGCAACAACAGCACACGCCACUGCAUCAGCAGCAACAUUCUCAUCAUCAGAAGCAGCCGAGCAUUGGCUCCGCUUCACUACUCAGCAAACAUUGGUCCUACGAGCAUGUGGACAGCGCUGGAGAAUUCAAUCUGGAGGAGGAAAACUUUGCACAACGCGAUCAUCAUAUCAUAGUGGAAGUGCUUAUCUCCAGCUGGUAUGCGCUGUUGGCCAACACCGAUCUAAUAUGCUAUAUAGUCGUGUUUAUUAAUCAGGUGGUUAAUGCCAGUCUCAUUUCGCUGCCACUGCCUUUGAUGGUCUUCCUUUGGGGCACGCUGUCACUGCCGCGUCCCACUAAAACCUUUUGGGUUACGCUUAUUGCCUACACGCAGGCCAUUGUGCUGAUCAAGUGCAUCUUUCAGUUUAAGCUUAUAUGGGCCACCUAUACACUGUCUCCGCAUCAGCCGCUUACGCCUGCAAAGAUCUUUGGCGUACAGAUGAAAACACAUUAUGCUGUCUACGAUUUGAUUUUGUUAUUGGUGUUGUUCCUGCAUCGCUAUCUGCUGAAGUCUCAGGGACUGUGGAAAUCCGGCUAUAAGGAUGUAGAUCAGCAGUUUGCCAAGCCCACAGCCAGCAUUGAUGAGCGUGAGGAUAGCGACAAUUUGUCACAGCCAGACUCGCGACAGCUGAACGAUGAACAGAAGCUAAGUCUGCAGGUUAGCCAAGUAUCGCUGCCAGGCUCGCCCGAGUACAGCAAGUCAGCCAUUAAUCAAUUGGAACGCACCAAGUACACCUCAUCGCUGCACAAAUUCUUCUUUAGUUUGGUGCACAAGUCACGUCUGGCUACGGAUGUGUAUGCGCUGAUGUUUCUCUGCGAUUUCAUCAACUUCUUUGUGCUGCUCUUUGGCUUUACAGCAUUUGGCACACAACAAGCGGAGAGCGAUGGCGGCGUACAAACUUAUUUACUGGAGAACAAAGUGCCCGUGCCUUUUCUUAUAAUGCUGCUGGUGCAGUUUCUGCUGAUUGUCAUUGAUCGCGCGCUUUAUCUGCGCAAGGCGCUGGUCAACAAGAUCAUCUUUCAUUUCUUCUCGGUUAUUGGCAUACAUAUCUGGAUGUUCUUUGUUGUGCCCGCCGUAACGGAGCGCACUUUCAAUUCUCUAGCACCGCCGAUUAUAUUCUAUGUUAUCAAAUGCUUCUAUAUGCUGCUGAGCUCGUAUCAGAUCAAGUCGGGCUAUCCCAAGCGCAUUUUGGGCAACUUCUUCACCAAGGGCUUCUCCAUGGUCAAUAUGAUUGCUUUCAAGGUUUAUAUGCAAAUACCGUUCCUCUACGAGCUGCGCACCAUACUCGACUGGGUGUGCAUUGACAGCACCAUGACCAUCUUCGAUUGGCUCAAAAUGGAGGACAUCUUCUCAAACAUUUAUCUCAUACGCUGCACGCGUCAAUCCGAAACGGACUUCCCAGCCAUGCGUGCGCAGAAGAAGGCAUCGCUAUCGAAACUUAUUAUGGGCGGCACCGUGGUGCUCUUGAUUGUCAUUUGCAUCUGGGGACCGCUGUGUCUAUUUGCGCUGGGCAGUGCUGUGGGCACCUCCAAUGUGCCCUAUCAGGUGUCGCUCUCCAUACGCAUUGGACCCUACGAUCCCAUCUAUACCACCAACAAUUAUGACAGCAUCAAGAACAUCGACGCCAAUAUGUAUGGACAAAUGACUAGAUCGUUUUACAAAAACAAAACGGCCCUUACCUUCAUAGCGGGUUAUGAUGCCACCGAUGUGGCAGCAGUUAAGCUGGCGGGUAAUUCGCCCUCGCUAUGGAACAUAGCGCCGCCCGAUAAACAGCGGCUAACCAACGAUCUAAGAAACAAUCAUACGCUCAUAGCGCGCUUUUCGUAUUCGCUUACGCGCAAGGCGCCUGCCAAGGGCCUGAAGGAAAACGUAGGCGACGAGCACAUUAUUAGCCUGGACGAAACCUUUGAGGGCCGCACUGCCUUAAUAAACAUGCUAAAUGAAACGCAUGACUUGGAGGCCAUUGCGAAUGGCACAAGCCCAAUCAAUGGCACUGCCCCUAGCACUGGCAAUAGCACCAAUGAGGUGGUUGUCGUGCUGCCACACAUGAUACCCAAGUUCAUCAAGGUGCUUAACUCUGGUGAUGCGGCUGUCGUCACUGUGCUCAGCGGCAAGGAGCAGGAGUAUCGACCGCUGAUUAUCAAACUGCAUCGCGAUAAUGAGACCAAUGGCUUGUGGUGGGAAAUACGCGACUUUUGCGCGGAUAAUUUCUACAAUACAACGCUUAAGGAUCUGGCCUAUAGCGACUGCAGCUCGGGCAUUGUUAUGUAUACGUUCAAUGACAAGAAGUUCCCUUCGACGUUUAGUUUUCUUACCGCUGGCGGCAUUAUUGGUCUCUACACUACGUUUGUUUUAUUGGCCUCGCGCUUUAUGAAAUCUUUCAUUGGUGGCCAAAAUCGCAAAAUUAUGUUUGAGGAUCUGCCCUAUGUGGAUAGAGUGCUGCAAUUAUGCCUGGACAUUUAUCUGGUGCGUGAGGCUUUGGAGUUUGCGCUGGAGGAAGAUCUAUUUGCCAAGCUGCUGUUCCUGUAUCGUUCACCGGAAACGCUUAUCAAAUGGACGCGCCCCAAGGAGGAGUAUUUGGACGAUGAUGGCGACACUGAUUCCAUCCCAAGUCGCAUGAGCGUGCGCCGACCAGAGCAGCUGCAACAUCAGCAUCCACAUCAACAAUAGCAUAGGACUAAUCAAAAUAUUUGAAUUUGAUUUAACGUAUUUAGUACGUUUAUUGUGUUAACGUAGGUUUCAUAGUCUUUUUUGAAAUUUUUUACAACUAGUUAGAGCAAGAACAAACAUACAUAUAUAUACAUACAUCACACAAUUA